AUGAUCUCAUCGUUGCCAUCGUCGCAGCAAGUAAUUCAGCAAGCCAAAGACAAAGCGGCUCCCAAGGUUGGAAAGCUAAAAGAGCUGGCUCAGAAAUAUGGUGCUGUCGGCGUGCUCGUUUAUCUCGGUGUCGGCUGCGUGGAUCUUGGAUUGACAUUUGCAACCAUAGAAAUGGUGGGUCAGCAAAAGGUGAAACAAGUGGAGAAGAGUGUGCUUGAUAUUUUCAAGAAUGCCAAAGCAAAAAUGGGUCUUGGUGAAGCGGUUCCAACCUCUACUGAAGAGAGUGCUCCUGCUGCGGAUGAUGAUGACGAGAAAGCCUCUUUUGCUUCGAUGUUCCUGUUAGCUUAUGGUAUUCACAAGACCGUCUUUUUACCGGUACGACUGGGAAUUACCGCAGCUAUCACACCUGCCGUGGUUCGAAAACUUCAUGCUCUCGGAUGGGCCCGCUACGCACCGAAACUUUUAGGUGGCGCCAAAAAGGCUUGA